UGCCUUUGGACCAUGCAGUCAUCUUUCCCUGCCCUGGGACUGGCUGCUUGGGCCCAGCUGGAGGCCAAGGCAGGACAUAUCUCUUUUCUGGGGUGCUCAAGGCAGAGCUGUUAGCCAUCAGCCUCUCCUGGAACUUUUUCUGCAGGGUCACCUCAAUCUUGGCAUGUUCACGGUGUCCCCUUGCUCCGGCUCCAUCGCUCCAUGGGGCCAGCAGAAGAUCACAGUAGAGUGCCUCGCAGGGCAGGAGGGGACUUGUGAGGAGCAGCUCUACAUAGACAUCGUGGGCAGAGACCCCAAGGAGAAUCCCCUGGGCAUUCCCUUUACUCUGACUGCUGAGUCCUGCCUGCCAGCAUUUGUUGAGGAUGUCUUGUUGAUCUUUGAGGAAUACCCAAUCUGCAGCAGCAUCAACCUCAGCCGCAAGCUGCUCUCAGUGAAUGGUUUGGGCCUGUUUGUCAGAGAUGAUAACAAAUUCAUCUUCAGCAAGGUUCUGGUUGGGCAAGAGGGUGAAGCUCAUUUCAAUAUCUACAAUGCAACUGGUCUGCCAUGUGACGUGGUCCUCUCCAUCAAACCCCUGCCUGGACAGGAAAAAAGUCCUAUUGAUGUUUUCAAGUUGGAUCCAGUCAAGAUGACUGUUCCUGGUUCAUCCUAUGCCGUUGCUACGGUGACCUUCACCCCACCAGAUGAGCAGACCUACAACUGCACUUUCAGAGCUUGCCUUGUCAUCCCAAAAAGGUAACUGAGCCUGUGAAAUAUUGGGGGAGGCCUCACUGACAGCUGCCUCUCCACUGGGAAGGCACAGAGCUCUUGUCAGCACUAAUACUUUCAGUAGCCUUAGGCAGAGUACUUGGCAUGAGAGGAUCUGGGAGGGAGUAACUGUUAGGGCAGAAGAAUGAGGCUGAUGG